AUGCCCGUGGACCUGGCCGUGCGGCUCUGCCUGAGCCACUCGCCCCCCAUCCGCAAGCUGCUGAACUCCUACGAGGAGCUGCGGGGCAACCGAGGCCGCAAACCCCUCCGAUCCUGUCUCAACCAGAAGCUGAGCGCAGAACCCGAGCCCGAGCGGCGAGACAGCACCAAGAGCUCCAAGGGCCAGAAGAAGAAGCGAGUCGUGUUCGCUGAUAUGAAGGGGCUCUCGCUGACCGCCGUCCGCUUCUUCUCAAGGAUUGAGGAGGACCUUUGUGACCUGCAGCACGCCCUGUCAGACCUCGCCUCCUUCCGCCCUAGGCUGUGGGACUCACGCCCAGAAGCGUGCAGGUAUGUGCUGGACUUCCCACAGCCCUCAGCGGACUACACGGCUUUCCGCAGCAACCUGCACAGGAACCUCGUCUGCCUGGAGAGCUGUGUGAUCCAGGACCGCGUUCUGUCGGGGACAGUGAAGGUCAGAAACAUUGCCUACGAGAAGAAGGUGGCAGUCCGCAUCACCUUCGAUGGCUGGAAGAGCUUGCGGGACGUCCCCUGCCAGUACAUGCACAGCACGUACGGCUCAGCUGACACAGACAUCUUCUCCUUUGAGCUCACCCUGCCCAAGCCAGCCAGCGGCCGCAGGGCCACAGAGUUCUGCAUCUCCUUCCAGUGUGGACAGAAGACCCACUGGGACAACAAUCACGGGAAGAACUACAAGAUCUGCCAUGUGGGCGGAUCCUCCCGUGCCGUGAAGGGGGCCUGGGAGCAUCUUGGCACCUCUGGGGCUGCUGCCCUGGUCCUGUCUCGCUUGCAGACCUGGCGGUGUUCAGAGACCCAGGCUCCUUACUGGUAGGAGGGCGGUGUGUGAAGGCACGUAGGUCCCCUCCAUGUCCCAGACAUGGCACAAGAGUCUCGGGGAAAGGUCAGCUGCAGAAGAUGCUGCUCACAGUUCUGUUAGCUCCUCCACAGCUCUAUGAGCAGCUGCUGGUCUCUGCAGAAGCUUCUUCACUCCUGGCUCCUGCCACAGAGGCUGGAAGCUGCUACUUGGAGCGACUCCUGUAGGUUCUUGAGGCAGUGCAAGUGACAAGGAACGGGCUGUGGGCUGGAGCCCGCGGCCGUGCCUGAGCCACCGGGGGGCUGCGGGGGCUGGUGCUGCCCAAGUGCCUUGUGCAGAGG